AUGACAUCGGACUGUCCCGCCAUCACAGCUGGUGGAGAGCGAGUGGUGCGAUCCUGCCAACUGCCAUCUUUAUUUAUAUGUGAGGGUAAAGAAGGUAGGUCUCAGUAAUAUUACCUACUAGCAUAGUGAAGGGUGGGCUAACUUUGGGUAUUGCAGCCCUUCGGCCUACGUUUCCCAAGAUUCUUCCGCAGCCGUAAGGCAAUUGAAGCUAUCAAUGCCUUUGGUUCCAUAGGCUGCCAUCACUAUGUUGCUACAGCGAAGGGAUUUUUUUUGUAAUCAGAUAUUUUCCAUAUUUCAUAUUCUUUCAUUUACGCAGCCACAGCAAAUCAACGCAAUCCCAAUCCUCACAAAACAAAUUGCUUAAAAAUAGCGUAGCGGAUCGGAAUGGCGUACAAUUGCUGUGUACCAUGUGCAAACUAAUUACAGGAACGACAAUCCGCACAACAAAGAACAUUUUCAUAGAAUAGCUAAAUGAACAUUGUACUGCACUCUGGGAUAUGUGGAUGCUUUAUACAUUAUGUUGAUACCACACUUGCUUUAAUCACAUUUUUCAUAUAACAAGCAACGAGAGUUCUGAGCUCUCUGAUGUUAAUUUUGAGCAUAUUUGGCGACUGCCGUCCGCACACAUGGAAUGUUGGCGACUGACAAUCAAUGGCGCUCGCACAUUCCAUGCUGCUCACGUCCUCCCCUGAGCCCGCUUUUCAUGCGAGGGGGAGUGAUGCCACUACAGGGGGAUCGGGCUGCCGGGAGAACAUGGCCUCAGCGUCGGAUCUCAGUUCAGUUUAUCCUUUAAUUUCUUUAUUAUUAUUUUUCACGGUCGGACACCAUACCAGCCUGGGUUACUACAACCAAAGCAGUUCUCAUUUAAUAAGAUUUUGUUUGAUUUCUCCCGUAGGUUUGCUAAGUCGCUGCCCGGUGGAUCCAAAAUGGCAGCAUUGGCGAGGGAGCUGUUAUUUCCAGGAUCCUUCGCUCUCGGUGAGCUGGCAAGAGGCUCGGCUAAUCUGUAACAGUUAUAAAGGGACACAGCUCCUGUACUUAACAUCAACCAAGGAAAAGGUGAAAAGUUAUUUCUAAAUUCUAAACAGAGAAUUGCGCAGAAUUGAGAACUGAUGUAAAAUUCAUAAGAAAAAAACUGCGUCGGAAACAAAUUUAAAUGUUAAAACGUUACCGUUCAUGUUCAGUGAGUAUAUCCCUGAAUCGACUUAGUCCCAGAGUAAAUAAAGUGUAAAUAAUAAUAAUGUAAUAAUAAUAAAUCUUCUCUCUUCCAGAACGCGGUCUGCUCCUUGUUUAAAGGGUCUUCGUGGACAGGACUCAAUGAUCAGAACGUGGAGUCCGUGUUUGUAUGGACCACGGGAGAGUCGAUCAGCCCAGAGGUUGCGCAGUGA